GCUGUGGCUGCGGCCAUGGCUUUUGCUUUGUAACAAAAAUGGUAGUAAACCAGUGGCAGUGAUGAGGUCAUGAUCAGCCUAACAUUUUUCCCACCGACUCAGCUCUCUAGAGCCUAGAAGACCUCCCCGAUCCAGUCAAGUGCCUAUAAAAUCCACGCGCCCUUCACCCACCCUUCGCUCGCAGCGCAACAGCAGCAACAACCUCCACUGUUGCAACCCACCGAGAGGAAGGGAAAGAAAGCGGCGGCAAAAGGGAGGAAGAACAGCGGCGGCAAAAAGGAUCAAGAAAGCAUCGGCUGAUCGGCGUCGGUUGUCAACCAUGGGGAGGUCGCCGUGCUGCGAGAAGGCGCACACCAACAAGGGCGCGUGGACCAAGGAGGAGGACGACCGGCUCGUCGCGUACAUCAAGGCGCACGGCGAGGGGUGCUGGCGCUCGCUGCCCAAGGCCGCCGGCCUGCUCCGCUGCGGCAAGAGCUGCCGACUUCGUUGGAUCAACUACCUCCGGCCCGACCUCAAGCGCGGCAACUUCACGGAGGAGGAGGACGAGCUCAUCAUCAAGCUCCACAGCCUCCUCGGCAACAAAUGGUCCCUGAUUGCUGGAAGGCUGCCAGGAAGGACGGACAACGAGAUCAAGAACUACUGGAACACGCACAUCAGGAGGAAGCUGCUGAGCCGGGGGAUCGACCCGGUGACCCACCGGCCGAUCAACGAGCACGCCUCCAACAUCACCAUAUCGUUCAAGGCGGCGGCGGCGGCGGCGGCGCGGGAGGAGAAGGGCGCCGUGUUCCGGCUAGAGGAGCCGAAGGCCACGGUGAUCAGCCGCGACCUGCAGAACCCCGCCGACUGGGGCCAGGGGAAGCCGCUCAAGUGCCCGGACCUCAACCUGGACCUCUGCAUCAGCCCCCCGUGCCAGGAGGAACCCAUGAAGCCGGUGAAGAGGGAGGCCGGCCUCUGCUUCAGCUGCAGCCUGGGGCUCCCCAAGAGCUCGGACUGCAAGUGCAGCAACUUCCUGGGGCUCAGGACCGCCAUGCUAGACUUCAGAAGCCUUGAAAUGAAAUGAGCCUCUUCAUUUUGUCACUUGGAUAUUUCAUAUUUGGUUAGCCUGUAGGUGAAAUAGCAGUGGGUGAAAGAGAGAUAAGAAAAGGAGUGAUGUUUGUGUCUGCCCUUGUGUCGCCAACAUCUUCCUGCUCUCUCUCUUGUUGCUCCAUUUUGUCUCUCUGUAAUUACCAUCAACAACUGAUCAUGAGCAAUAACACUCGCUGCUAGGUCUAUGUAACUUAA